AUGUUAUUAGGCCGGGCGCUGUUGGCACUGGCGGUGGCAGCGCUGCUGGUGCCAUGUCUGCCCGCCCGCAGCGACGCUGCCGUCCCGGCGCCCCAGAUCAGCAGGCGCCAGGGCAGCGUGCGCACGCUGCUGCUGACGGGCUGCGGCAAAUACCAGGACUGGCAGGCCAUCGCCGCCGCCUUCGCGUGGCGCGAGUCGGGGCAGCCGGGCGCGUUCACGCGUGUGGCGAAUUGCCAUGAGAAGGACCGAGUGACCUACCCCAAGGGACUGCUUGAUUAUGUUGACACCCACUUUGCGCCAGAGGUGUCCUAUAACAAGGAGCUGGGGGACUCAUAUGCGGCCUACAACAAGCCCGUCGCCGUCAGCGACUGGCUGGCGCACCACCAAGAUGCCGAGGAGGAGUGGCUGCUGCUCCUCGACGCAGACAUGCUGCUGCUGCGGCCCUUCACGCCUGACGAGUUCAAGCUGACCAAAGGGUGGGCCAUGGCUGCGAACUACGACUACAUGCGGGGAGUGCACAAUGACCUGGCGCUGCGAAACGCCCCCGAGAUAGCGCCUCGAAACGACGAGCUGGCCGGCCCCAAGGGGCGCCGCGGGGACGUGGUGGGGGCGCCCUACUUCAUGAGCGUCGCGGACGCCAGGAGGGUGGCGCCACUGUGGCACCGCUUCACUGUGAAAGUCAGGAACGACAGCAAGGCAUGGCAGGACUCUGGCGACGUGGCGGCCAAGAAGGGCGGGCGGGUGUGGAUCGCAGAAAUGUAUGGCUACGCAUUUGGCGCGGCGACGGCGGGUGUGUGGCAUCGCUGGGGUGACGGCUUCAUGGUCUACCCGGGUUACUUACCGGACGACCUUCCCAGAAAUCUGCAUUACGGGCUUCACUACACAAUUGGGGACAAAUGGUCCUUCAACAAGGCCUGGUAUUCAAAGUUUGAUGUCCAAAAGUGCCCGCCCUGGGACCUGGGGGUGGCCAGGCCGCAGGAAGGAAUUUUGCCGCCGCCACCCCACCCAGAUGAGAUCGCAUCAAAGGACUAUGCCACAGAGUUCCGCGACCUGCUGGCCAUUCACACCAUGGCGACCAUCAAUGCAGCAUUGUGCGACUACCACCUGCGAAACUGCCCGCCAUCUGCACAGCUGACGGAGGUCUGCGAUAAGCAGUACGUGCCCAAGGCGCGGCGGCUCGCCGAGCGCGGCGCCGCGGCGGGGACGGCGGGCGCCGGAGCGACGCGGCGCCGGGAGCCGCCUCAGCAGCAGCAGCAGCAGCAGCAGCAGCAGCAGCAGCAGGGCCAGCUGCCUGUGGCCAGCAAGGCAGGCGUCCAGCCCGACCAGCAGCCCGGCGCCGGCGGCCGCUACCGCGAGCUCGUCGCGCGCUGCGCCCGCGUGGCCGCCUUGCAGCGGAUGCAGGCGUGCCUGCGCGCGGCGGCGGAGGGGUGGGAGUACCCUGCAGAGGGGCAGCCGCUCAUCGAGCCAACCCACGAGGGCGCAUGGCCAGGCGAUGCAGGCGCCGGCACCGGCGCGCACGCGCCUGUUGCGGUCGCGGUGGCGAAGCGCGAGCGGCUGGCGGCGCUGCGCGUGGUGUUCCACGCGAGCCAGGGCGUGCUGGCGGGGCGGCGCGGUGGGGGCACGGCGGCGGCCGAGGUUGUGAUCGUGAUCUGCGUGGUUACGCUGUGCUGCGCUGGCGAGCAGCAGAGGGACGAGGCUGACCCCAUAGUGCAAUGGGUGGUGCUUCGUCGGGACCUGUGGGGCGACCAGGGCUGGCCGCUGGGCCCAGUGAUUGCACAGGCGUGCCACGCGUCGGCCGCGGCGCUGCUGCUGCACCUUGAAGACGACCAGACACGUGCCUACGUGGCGCCUGAUGCCAUCGACCACAUGCACAAGGUGGUGCUAGAGGUCAAGGGGGAGGUGCAGUUGCUCAAUCUAAGCGAGAAGCUGGGAGCGGCCGGCAUCAGCCACAAGCUCUGGGUGGAGCAGCCCGAGAACUUCCCAACCUGCCUGGCCACAAAGCCGUACCGGCGAUCCGAGGCGGGGCAGCAUUUCAAGAAGCUGCAGCUCUGCAAGGCGGCGCUGGGACAGAAACCGACGGCGGGGGCGGUCGGCGCCACGUGA